AUGUGGGGUUUAGAUAACUCCGGGCCUGACGAGGCAAGAGAGACACUUCCAGACUCACAUGUGAGAAAUGGACCUAUCACUAUUGGUCGUAUAGAUCAUGAGGCUAUGUGCGACGACGUCAACAGCCUCCACCAGAAAAUCAAGAUUGCAGAAAAGAAUGCACAGUCCUUCCAAAGGGGUUUGCUCCUCGCGGAAGAGCAGUCACGCAGAAGGGCUGAACUACAUGAUGAGGCUGUUAAAGAAGCAGAAGCGGCUCGAAAGGAGAAUCGGAUACUCGUGGCAUCACUAGCAGGUCUACAAUCUGGAAUAGAGACUUCCACAGACGAAGAUAUCAAGCGAGAGAUGUGCCUCCUCUACCAUGACCUUGAACGUUGGGUGUUCAGUCACUGCGGCAGAAGGCCAACAUCAGAAGAGACGAUAGAGACGCAUGAUCAGGGAUUGGAAUUCACCCAAUCAGCCAUCUCAGGCUUAAUCUUCCGCAACUUCUGGAACCGGUUUGCUGUAGGAUGUGAUUAUGGUCUAAGCAACUAUCUUCGUAAGGCUGACAUGACGAUUAAACAUCAUUUGCCCAGACAUAUUAGUCGCCAUUGGAGAUAUGCAAUGAGCACCGCCAUACUGUCGCUGGAGGAGGAAAGCUUGCAACGCCUGUGCGAGUACAAUCUCGAGCAAGUCGACAAGUGUGUCGCCCCAUCCACUCUCACUGACACGCCGAAUCGGAAGAGGCAACUAUUGGACAUCUUCAAACGGUGUAUCGAGUUCAAGCAUAAACUAGAAUGCCAGGAAGACACAUAUGUCUUCUGGUGCAGUAAGUAUCAAACGCCCUUCCGGGACGAAAGCAUGCGUAGCAUCGAGGAGGACGAAACACUCGGGGGACUUGUCGAGUACAGUGUGUGGCCGUGUUUGUACAAAGUUCUGCAGGGGAAUGAAUGGGCUGUCGUCGAGAAGGAGGUUGUCAAAAGAAUUGCGCCGCCGGCCUCCCUGGCUGAAACAACCGACGAGGAGGCAUCUCCGCAGGAAAGCGAAUGUCUGGUUGAAUUGGAUUUUGGGCAGGAGUUGGGUGAUACAGUAUAG